CCCACCACUUCUCUCAAUCGGCUCCUACAUCUAUUCUCCCGUAAAACGCCCACAAAGUCUCUCAUGGACGCAACCAGCAAGAUCAAGAAGGGCGCAGGCGGCCGCAAGGGCGGCGGCCCGAAGAAGAAGCCCGUUUCCCGUUCCGUCCGUGCUGGCCUCCAGUUCCCCGUCGGCCGUAUCGGCCGAUAUCUCAAAAAAGGCCGAUACGCUCACCGUGUCGGUACUGGUGCUCCUGUUUACCUCGCCGCCGUUCUCGAAUACCUCGCCGCUGAGGUUUUGGAACUUGCAGGAAAUGCUGCGCGUGAUAACAAGAAGAACCGUAUUAUCCCAAGGCACGUGCUACUUGCGAUCAGAAAUGAUGAUGAGCUCGGGAAGCUUUUGGGUGGAGUGACGAUUGCGCAUGGAGGAGUUCUGCCGAACAUUAACCCUGUGCUUCUGCCCAAGAAAACUGCGGCGAAGGAGGCGAAGGAGCCUACUAAGGCUGCGAAAUCUCCAAAGAAGGCGGCGGCUUAGGUUUUGGAUAGGUGGCUUUGUAUGUAAUUUGAGCUCUGGCGUUGCUGGUUUGGGAAAGAAUGUAGUUUGGAAAUGCAAUGGCUUUUAAUUUGAAGAAAAAUAUCUAUUUGUUUGAAAAUGUUGUGGUAUUUUGCCUCAAGCUGUGGCUUUCCCGCUCGUUCUAUGUUUUGUGGAGUGUUUUAAUUGAUGGUGAUGCGAGGGGUUGUUCAGUGUUCUAA